GGAUUUGAUAUAAAACACUGUGUAGACCGUCCAGCAAGGACACAGACAUACUUAGGUAUGACUAUGGCUACACAAGAAGACGGACUACGACCCCGGACAACGACAAAGCGAUGUCAAGGUGAGAGUACAAUGCAUGUGCUAUGUGCGUGCGACUAGGCGGAAACCGGAACAUGACUAGCUGUAUUGUAUAUGUAUAGAUACAGGACGCUGACUUGUUUACAUCCAUUGUAUAACCAUCAGUGGAUACAUCUACAUCCUAAACCCAGAGUGAGAGUAAAUCACGCAUAUCGAGAGCUGGAGUGUCCGUUUCAUCAACGACAAUGUCGAUGGGUAUCGCCAUAAUGUGCUUCAUUGGUGUUCUUCUCAUCAACUCAGGGUCAGGACUAAUGUGUUACAAAUGUAAUAACGUGCUCCAUCCCGAUAUUUGUGGUCGGCAUGCCCGACGACUUACUGUAGGACACGUGAAAAACAUCGAGCUGCAAUGUAAUGGCACGUGUAAAAUCGCGGCAAUUAGAACAAAAGUCCGUGAUCAAGUAGUCGAUGUGUAUAUGCGGGACUGUGACCACAACUGGCAAUAUGAAGCCUGUAAUCAGACUGAUAACGCCAAGGUUUGCCACUGCAAAGACCGCGACUUUUGUAACUAUCGACUGAAAGACAUUCCCUUCAAAGGUGAAUUCAGGACUUCAUUAGAAAAUUCCACAGGAAGCCUCUUUAACUAUUAUAUAACGUGCGUGAUGAACGCUGUUUCUGGACUUGUCGUUUAUCAUUUGUAUAACCAUACGUGAGGUGACAGUCACGGACGAUAUAUCAUUGUAUAACCAUACGUGAGGUGACAGUCCCGGACGAUAUAUCAUUGUAUAACCAUACUGUGAGGUGACAGUCCCGGACGAUAUAUCAUUGUAUAACCAUACGGUGAGGUGACAGUCCCGGACGAUAUAUCAUUUGUAUACCAUACUGUGAGGUGACAGUCCCGGACGAUAUAUCAUUGUAUAACCAUACUGUGAUGUGACAGUCACGGACGAUAUAUCAUUGUAUAACCAUACGGUGAGGUGACAGUCACGGACGAUAUAUCAUUGUAUAACCAUACUGUGAGGUGACAGUCACGGACGAUAUAUCAUUUGUAUAACCAUACUGUGAGGUGACAGUCACGGACGAUAUAUCAUUGUAUAACCAUACUGUGAGGUGACAGUCACGGACGAUAUAUCAUUGUAUACCAUACUGUGAGGUGACAGUCACUGACGAUAUAUCAUUGUAUAACCAUACUGUGAGGUGACAGUCACGGACGAUAUAUCAUUGUAUAACCAUACUGUGAGGUGACAGUCACGGACGAUAUAUCAAUGUAUAACCAUACUGUGAGGUGACAGUCCCGGGCGAUAUAUCAUUUGUAUAACCAUACUGUGAGGUGACAGUCACGGACGAUAUAUCAAUGUAUAACCAUACUGUGAGGUGACAGUCCCGGGCGAUAUAUCAUUUGUAUAACCAUACUGUGAUGUGACAGUCACGGACGAUAUAUCAUUUGUAUAACCAUACUGUGAGGUGAAAGGCCCCGGACGGUGUCACAAAAUGGGACAAUGAGAUAUACUUACUGAAGGGCCAUAUCAAACAGUUUUAGAUAUCAAUUUCGCAUCACGAUUUCUCCUGGAGAUGUGGAUACUUUCGCUAUGAUCAUCGGCUCCAUUACGAGUUCCUCUAAAGUAUAGGAUCUUGAGUCGCGGACGGACCAAAGAAAAUUGAUCGCCGAUUCAGAUGUCCGAGAAUCAUAUGCAUGUUUCUACAAUGAUACGUUACUCCUCAGAACGUUACUUCCAUCACAGAAGUAGGAUAUGUUUCCAGUCCUGUUGAUUGACGGUAUUAUUUCAGACAUGUGUAGAUUACACUCUAUAUUCCAAUCGAUCAAUACAGUUUUUUUGGAGUCUACCUACAUUUCCCAGCUUCGACCUCUGUGAUCAAUAAUUACAACUAUCAAACAAACAUCCAUGUUUGGUGCAGUAAUGUGGUAAACAAGAAAUAACUCUUCUAUUUAAAUAUAUAUCAAAUAGAAACAUGUCUACAUACCAAAAUUCCUAUUAAUAUAUAGGGUUAGGUGUAAUUCCUUGCCCUGGGCAGACUUGGAGAUUGUAUUAAUGCAUUAUUUGUACAUAUCAAUUGAUGUACAAUAUAUAUUCCCUACCAUAUUGUAGUGCUAUACUGUUUGAUGAUAUUAUUAUUUAGUAUGGGUAUUUAAUUUAUAUAUGUUUAUAUGUACACUGCCCUCCAAAAGUCCUGUUACAAUUAUUAAGUUAAAUACAGCUAAGUUAAUCUCGAAGUCUUUAUUACAAUUUGUUAGAAUCAUAACUUCUUAGGGUGUUUUUGUUCAUGAUUUCAAAUGUCCAUGUUCAUUUUUCAACAAUGCAUAUGCUUUGUUACAAUGGGAAUCCUCAAAAUGCAAUAUUCUGGAAAUGUCCCUCUUUGUUUGAUAUCAAUUUCAAAAAUGCUUGUUUUACUUUUUUUUUUUUUUUUUUUUUGCUGUUAAUCAGUUAAACACUUACUUUUAUUUGUGUCCGUGGAAAAAACAACAGAUUUUUUAUUCAUUUUUGAACAUUAUUGAAAAUAGGCCCCUCCAUUGCAUCUCCCUGCAACUUCAAAGAAGUGGGGUAUUUUUCAAAUAAUUUGCAAUCGUCCCACACAAAAGGACUAUCUUACAGAUAUUUCAACACCUUUUCUCAAAUUUUGUUGUCUAGCCAUUCGAUUUAAACGUUCCAAGUGUAACAGAACUUUUGGAGAGCAGUGUGUAUAUUUGCACGUGUUUUUGAUCAUCUGAAAGCGUUAUAUUUAGUUGAUUAGUGAUAAGGGAAUCUCACAAUAGUGUCUUAGUUUGACAGUACUUAAAUGAAUAACAUUUUUCUUCUUACUAAUAUUGUAUGAUUUCACCUACUAGUACCUAUGAUGAGAACUGUGUAUUUGUAUGUGACAGUGUUAUUGUGGUGCCAAUUCAGAUUCAAAUAUUACCUGAAUGAUUGUAGAUAAUAUGUCGUAUAUUGCUGCUCAUCAAAUGUGAUAGAUAUACAACCUAAAGUGUUCCAUCGUCAGAUACCCACGGUCGAUUGGAUACGCUGGUGUCUUCCCACCCAGCCAACUAAUUACUGCAUACUUCCCAUCUAUCACAAAGUGUAGGUACUAAUUACAGGUAUGGUUAUAGUCUGUUUUGGGAAAGUGGCUGGCCAUUAGGUGAUCAUUUACCUAUGUUCAAUUUCUUUAUUACUAUAUUCAUAUUACAACAAAAUUAUUAAUCACUUUUGCACCACACCCACACCGACAAAUGGACGUGAUAUCUAACCUAUGUAAGUAUAUACAUUAUGAUGUACUGUACUCAUAUACACACGAUGCGCUAUAGCUAGUGUAGAGCACUCAGCCGUGGGUAUCCGACCAUGUUAUUGCUCACAGUUUUUGUAUGUAACGUUUUUUGGCAAUUCAGAAUUUAACAUACUUUUGAUGUUCACGUGGUUUAAUAUACUAUAUUAUAUAUUUAUAUAUAAUAUAACACCAACGAGAUUUUGUAUACAUGUAUAAUGUCACGUGACUUUAUUGGUAGCUACUUUUGAUGUCCACACUGUUUUAUGUAUAAUAUUAUGUGACUGUAUUGGUAGCUACAUUUGAUGUUCAAGUGGUUUAAUAUACUAUAUUAUGUGACGUUAUUGGUAACUACUUUUGUAGUCACGUGGUUUCAUAUAUGGCAUGUGACUUGUUGGUAGCUACAAUUUUUAAUGUUCAUGUGGUUUUAUAUAUAAUAUGAUAACAUCAACGAGAUUCCGUAUGCAUGUAUAAUGUCACGUGACUUUAUUGGUAGCUUCUUUUGACAUUCAUGUUUUAUAUAUAAUGUGACGUUAUUGGUAGCUACUUUUGACGUUCAUGUUUUUCGGCAUAGCCGUAUAAUUUUCUUUUGGCCCGGAUAUGACGCGAUAGGUGGAGUUACUGGUUAAGAUGAAGUAUGUGAUUGGUCAAUGUAGCGGUCAAUGCAAAAUACAAAUAUGCAGUUAAAAAAGAAACAAAGUUAAUAUUGAAAGCAAGCUGGAUAAGUUUAUGUAUCUUUUCAAAUGACACAUUAAUAAAAUUAUAUUCCUGAUUCAAAUGCAGUCUUAUUAUCACCAAAAAUGAUUCAAACUCAUAUAAUUUUGUUUUCUGUGCUGAAACACAUUAGUUCGUUCAUUUAUUUCACCAGCAGUUUUAUAUUAUAACCACCAGCAUUAAAACUAUGCCGUUUAUCUGUUUUAAAGAUAUUUUUUGUUAUAUUUACAUUCUGUGUGACAGUCUCCCAUUACUCCUGUGUUAAACCAGAUUGUAUUGAUCAUCGUAUAAAUGCAGCCCAGAUCACAUGACGUCACUUCCGUCAGCGCCAAAAAAAUUGUUUGGCAAUGCGUUGCGGGUGAAUCAAACCUAGCAAGGAUUUCGACUUAGAACAAUCGCGUAAAUAUGAC